AUGGCCUCUGCGUUGGGAGCCCUCUUUCAUGCCCCCCUCCGCCGCAUGCUCCGCUUCCGCCUCCCCUGCACCCGCCUAGGUCGCCCCGACCCCAGCUUCACCGAGUUCUACUCCUUCGGCUGCCGCGUCGCCAUCAAGUACCCCGACGGCUAUGGCACCGGCCGCGAGCUCAGCAUUUGCCACCUCCUCACAGGCGAGCGAGCCCGCCUGCCUGAUCCCCCAGAUCUAAGAUACUCCGAAGAAGUCGUCUUUUCCGGCGACCUCGUCGUCACCUUCAGGAAAUUCUACCGCGUCCUCUACUACUGCCACAUUGGGGAUGCUCAAUGGCGAGAAGCGUGGUGCGAUGAAGGCCACCAGCUUUACAAUCUGAUGUUCAUGAAAGGCACUCUCUAUGCGCUGAUUUACCCAGAUUACCGCCUCGCCGCCGUCGAGCUUGACAGGAAUUCUGUGGUACUGUCGUUUCUUGGAGAUAGAAUGAUUGUGUCGACAGUUAAUAAAUGUCCAAAGUUCUGGUUAGCAGAAGGUCGUGGUGAGUUAUUGCUCAUUGUCAGGGUGGAGUGCAAUCCAUGGGUGUACCAUGUUUUCUAUCUGCAAUCCGGCAGUUCGAAGUGGAUGAGGACUACUAGCCUUGGUGGUUGCAGCUUGUUCUUUAAUUUCCAUGGGUUUGCCGGUUGCCUUGGUCCAGAUCAUCCGGCAGUUCGAAGGGACUGCUUGUACUUCACUGGGUGCUCUGGGAAGUGGAGCGAGUAUUCUUUGGUUGAUGGGGCUUAUCAUGAAUUCGUCAUCGACUGCCCAGGGCGAACAGAGCAUUGUGGAUCUCCGGUUUGGGUCCUUCCAAACAUUUGUUGA